GAAGCGGACUAAUAUGCCCGAGAGCUCGCUCGCUUCAGAGGUCUGUCAGCCGGGAGCGCGACCGGGACCCUCAGCGCUCGAUCUGGGUCGAUUCCAUGAGGGAUACGGAGGAAGCCAGACGCGGUUUCUCCAGCAAACGCAUGGAAGACACAUGAACGCUGCAGAUACCGACUGUGGAGGUUCGCAUCUUCACAACAUGGAGACGCGUCUUGAGAGACGUUUGACGGCGAUGAGGUUCUAAAAGGUGCGGAGGAGGAGGAUGACAGCCGCAUCCCGUCCUGUUGCAUCUGGGAAAAGCGCUUCCAAGCGUCUGCGGGACUGACUUUAGUGUCGUCGGUGGGUUGGAAAAACUCUUGGUUGGCAGUGUUUGCAUCUGCGACGAGGCUUUGUGUCGCUUAACUCAGUUGACGACAAGUGAGCGCACACCACCACCAUCAUCAUCAUCAUCAUGGGCGCCGUGCUAUCUCUUUCCCCCGCGUCCCGCAAGAACAGCUACUACGACAACCGUCCCGGCUCAUUGGGCCACUACCCGAGCCUGAGCAGCCGUUCCCUCAACAAUCCAAAAGAUGGCGGCUUGAAGCGAGGCCAGUCCAUCUUCCUUCCGGCACUCACGUGGAAACGCUUGGUGGCCUCCACCAAGAAGAAGGGAACCGCCAAGAAAGCAGGUCCGGUGGGCCUGGUGGACCCCUUGAACAACAACAUCUAUCAAAAAGACCCAGUGCUGCAUCUGAACUACGAAAACGUGAGGAAAUCAUUAUCGUGCGCUAACCUUAGUAGCUACGAUAUCGCGCCACGAUUCGGGUACGGUGGCGUGAAAUCCCAGCAGAUUUCUUCAGUGAAAAAAGCACCGCAAGGGACUUCGCCUAAACGCGUUAUCGUCCAGGCGUCUACUAGCGAGCUGCUACGCUGUUUAGGCGAAUUCCUGCGCUGUCGAUGCUACCGCCUGAAGCACUUGUCUCCGUCCGAUCCGGUUCUUUGGUUGAGAGCCGUGGAUCGCUCGCUUCUUCUCCAAGGCUGGCAGGACCAAGCCUUCGUCACGCCGGCUAACGUGGUCUUCGUCUACAUGCUGUGUCGCGACGUGGUGGACGGCGACGUGGUGGCGUCGGAGCACGAGUUGCAAGCCAUCUUGCUGACCUGCCUCUACUUGUCGUACUCCUACAUGGGCAACGAAAUCUCCUACCCGCUCAAGCCUUUCCUGGUGGAGGCGGGCAAAGAGGCGUUCUGGGACCGCUGCCUGGCGAUCAUCAACGCCACUAGCGGAAAAAUGCUGCGGAUCAACGCAGACCCGCACUUUUUCACGCAGGUCUUCGCCGAACUCAAAAGCGAAGGGGGGUACGGGCCGCAAGAUUAUACUCGCGGUCUGGAUCGGUGAGAGGCUUCUUGUGACAUUGUUUUGUCCAUUUGCUGCUGCUGAAAUGUGUAUUUAUUGAAGUAUUCCUUAUGUUGGCUGCCAAUUCUUAAAAUGGACCAGGAACAAGAAUAGAACUGAACAGAAUUUUCUCUAAAGUUGCGUAAGUACCGUAUUGGCCCGAAUAUAAGACUGUGUUUUUUGCAUUGAAAUAAGACUGAAAAAGUGGGGGUCGUCUUAUAUUCACGGUCUAGACAUUAUACCCAUUCACGACGCUAGAUGGCGCCAGAUAUCAUUGAAGCGAUGGUCUGUCAUGACAGAUCUCAGCUACUUUCAAGUUUAACCACUUUGCAUUAUUUUAUUGCAAUGUUUUUCCUUAUUCAGAUUUGCUUCAAGACUAUCACUUUGAUGGUAAAUUCAGUUAUUGCAAUUUUGUUGUUUUAUCACAAUAGAUUGGUUUAUUUACAUUUCAAAAACCAGAAGUCAUUCAUUUACGAAUGUGAUUGCACUUUACAUAUUUCAAUGUUAAGAUAUUAAGAUUUGAAUGAGGCACAAUAACAUUCAUUUUCCUCUCAAAUAUAUUGUUAUAAUUAGGGCUGUCAAAAUGAUCGCGUUAACGGGCGGUAAUUUUUUAAAUUAAUCACGUUAAAAUAUUUGACGCAAUUAACGCACAUGCCCUGCUCAAACAAAUUAAAAUGUACAGUACAGUGUAAUGUCCGCUUGUUACUUGUUUUUUGGUGUUUGGCGCCCUCUGCUGGCGCUUGGGUCCAAUUGAUUUUAUGGGUUAGUACUAUGAGUGAGCAUGGUGUAAUUAUUGACAUCAACAAUGGCGAGCUACUAGUUCAUUUUUUGAUUGAAAAUUUUACAAAUUUGAAUAAAACGAAAACAUUAAGAGGGGUUUUAAUAUAACAUUUCUAUAACUUGUACUAACAUUUAUCUUUUAAGAAGUCUUUCUAUCCAUGCAAUAUUGUUAAUGCCAUCUGGUUGAUUUAAUGUUAUAUUAGACAAAUACAGUACUUAUGUAUGUUGAAUGUAUAUAUCCGUCUUGUGUCUUAUCUUUCCAUUCCAACAAUAAUUUACAGAAAAAUAUGGCAUAUUUUAUAGAUGGUUUGAAUUGCGAUUAAUUACGAUUAAUUCAUUUUUAAGCCGUAAUUAACUCGAUUAAAAAUUUUAAUCAUUUGACAGCCCUAGUUAUAAUCAUUUGUUUCAGAUGUACUGUAAUUUUCUGUAUAAAAAAAAAUAAUUAGGUGUUCAAAAAGUCUAAAUUUCAAACUUGAGUCUUGAAAAAAAGGGCGUCAUCUUAUAAUCAGGGCCGUCUUAUAUUCGGGCCAAUACGGUAAAUGUGACAAGCAUGUAAUUAUACAUGAAUGUGCAAAAAAUCCCACAAACAACUAAUUUAGCGCUACAUAGAUUUUUUUUUUUAAACUCACAGGCUGCCAUUGAUGACAAUAAGCGUCCAAUUUAUUUUGACUGAAUCAUUCAAUUCUUGACGUGAAACUUUCUGAGGUAUGAGUUUAUUCAUUACUCGUACCAGUGAAAUUUGAUGAAAUACAUUGCAUCUAGAGCAGUGGUUCUUAACCUGGGUUCAAUCGAACUCCAGGGGUUCGGGGAGUAAGUCUAAGGGGUCAGGCAAAGGUAAAGAAACAAAGAGCCCUAUUUUCGUAUGCUGAUUACAUCUAGGCAAAGUGGCUUUUUGGAAGGUUUGCUCCCAAUUUACAGGCUUAAUCCAUUUGUUUUAACUGCUAGUCCUCGAUCUGAUGCGAGGAGGACCUGGUUUGCUCAGUGGAAGGUUGACUCACACUUGGUAUGAGGAAAUACAGCAGGCCGAUGGGCAGCGUGGUCUCAAAUUUUGACCUGUUUAAAGAACUCGCUGUCAAAAUGAGAAUUUUGAACUCGAAUUUGCAAAAUUAUUAGCUUGCUAGCUCAGAAAUAUCGGUUUUAAAUUUGAAAAAAAUUGCUUUAUUAUCUAAUUCUGAAGGGUUCGGUGCAUCCACGUGUGAAACUUAUGGGGUUCGGUACCUUUAGCAGGGUUGAGGACAUCAUAUUCAAAAUGAACUCUUUAGCUGCCAUUGACGGCGAUAAACGUCCAAUCCAAUUUGACUGGGGUCAGAAUGGAUUGAACUGUAGCAAUGAAACAUGAUCACUCAAUUCCAGCCAUCCCAGUUCAAAUGGAUUUGAUGUUUAUCACUAUCAAUGGCUUAACUACAGCAGUUCUCACUGUAUUAUGGGUUGUUUACACCAAAAGAUAUUAACUGGUAACACUUUAUUUGACAGUGGCAUCAUACGACUGUCAUAAAACCAAAUGAACCACCAUGAAGCGUUGAACCAAUUGGCUGCAAAGCUUCAUUGCAUCAAGAAGCUUCAUUUGGCCAUCACUGCUCCCUUGCGGGGGACAGUCAACCUCUUCUAACAACUACUGUAAACACUGCUGUUGUCCAACAUGCCUCCUAGCAUGCAUUGCAGCGCUACAGAUGUAAAUAACAGUCAAAAUCAUGGUCUGUGCUAAUUAUUUCUUCCGUUACUGUUCCAGUUGUUUCAUUAAAUGCUAAUUAUGGUCUUUGGUAACACUUUAUUUGACAGUGGCGCCAUAAGACUGUCAUUAGACAAUCAUAAUUAUGACAUAACACUGUCAUGAGAAUUAAUGAAUGCAAAUUAUAUCACUUUUGAAUGGAUGUAAAAGAUCUGAGCUGGCCAUAUAAUAAUUAAUACCAUAAUUUACCAGAUAACACUUAAUGACAUCUGUCAUAAGCAUUCAGUAAUGCCCAUGACAGUGACAUGUCAUAAUUAUGACGGUCUUAUGACGCUGCUGUCAAAUAAAGUGUUACCAAAUACCAUAACAAGGAAUUAAUGAAACAACUGGUACAAUAACUGACUAAAUAAAUCGCACAGAACAUGAAUCUUAAUUAUGAAACUGUAGCACUGCAAUGCAUGCUAUAUAACAAGAAAUUAAUGAAACAACUGGUACAGUAACUGACUAAAUAAUUAGCACAGAAUAUGAAUCUUAAUUAUUAAUGCAUGCUAGCAGGGAUGUGUUGGCUAUUAACCUAAAUAAAUAAACAAAUAAGCAGCACUGGACUGUAAGCCGCAGGAUUCAAAAUGAAGGAAAAAAGUAGCGGCUUACAGUCCAAAAAUUGUGAAACGAAUUGGACGUCUAACACCAUCAAUGGCAGCCAAUGAAUUUCUCUAAUCCAGAGUCUAAAACUCACUGUAAAGCAGCCCAAAUAUUUAUUUAACAGAAAUACUUGUCAACGGUAACAAACGUUUGGAAUCUCUUUGGGUUUUUUUUUUAAAUCCCAUUUGUGUUGUUUACUUUCAAAUCCUGCUUUUGUUUACUUGAAUUAAGAAGCCAUUUGGUCCACCUGUUCUUUCAAAACAGCAUGUGUCGCCUUCCAGUUGUCGGAACUGGAGCUCCACUUUGAAUCCAUCGACGGAUUUCCGGCUCGGAUUGACGUUGUCAUCACGAACUGAAAAACAAAACGCGUUAAUCAGUUUUGAGACAAUGGCGAAAAGCGAUCCGGAAUGACGGCAACAGCUGCACGCGAGCGGCGUUGACGCUUUUGUGGGUCAUCCGGCCUUGAGGGGACAGUUGCCUAUUUUUACUUUAAUCAAAUUGACCAGUGAGCUUUUUAGUGUAGUAGGACUUUCCAAGCCUGAUUUAGCAUGCGAGCGCUUGCUAGCGUGACCGAGUUGUAGCGUGGACGUCCGCCAGGGUCGUGUUCCGAUGUCGCUGGAGUAUUAAUUAGAUUAGCGGAUUACGCCUGCCCCGCCCCCUCAAGAUCUCUGCCCUUUGUCGUCCACUCGAUAACCCGUAAUCCGGGUCUUUAAAUGCCUCUUUAUUGGGAAUAAACGCACGUGCGCUGGUGGAGGUCCAACAAAACUCUUAAUGUGGAUCAGUGUGUAAUGAGUCUGUCGUUCGCAGGCUUCUUAAAACUGUGAGUUCAUUAGAAGAAUUAGUUGAAUGAGUCCCUGAGAUGAACUAAUGACACUUGUGCUCUACUGACUUGAAUACAAACUGUGCUAAUUCAUAGCGUAUGGAUUUAUCAGACUUAUUAGUUUUGAUAUUGGAUGGCGUUUUGAAGACAUUGCAGAAACAUUAAUAUAGUGCCCAUUUUUUUGCCCAUUACACUAUUUGCAGUUCAAGGUGUGUUUUUUUUUUUUGUCAUUUUCAAAGGACAUCAAUUUUGUUUUUGUUUUUUU